CUCUGGUAACUCUUAUUGGUGCUGCUGCUCCUGGCCUGUGUUAUUCCUCACAUGAGCAUUUGGGCCUUUGGCUGCAGGGUGAAUUGUCUGAGGUGUUUCUGCUCUUUGCAAGCAGCCAAUCAAGCAAAGGCAGUUUCUGUAAAGAAGUUUCUCAGAGUUGCUUUUUGCUGCUCAGUGUGCUCAGCUUGCAGGCACUUAACUGCACUGCACUCGCCCUCUGCCAUUCGAUCUGCACCUCCGAACGUUACCUCUGCCCUCAAAGUGUCCGAUCUAUUGACAAAGAGACAAACCAGGGGGAUUGUGUCUGUUCCCAUCUGACACCAGCAGCCUGGGAGGAGAGUGCCCACACAAACCAACCGCAGAGAGGAGCAGACGGCUGAAUCCAUUAUGGGAGGAAAACAAAGUUCACCAGAGUCUCCUCCAGGAAAGCAAACUGAAGACAAAACGGGCCCAAGAGCUGCCAGCCAGUGCACUGAGACAUCCGAACUACGGAUUGUUCUUGUUGGUAAAACUGGAUGUGGGAAAAGUGCAACAGGAAACUCCAUCCUCGGUGAGAAUCUGUUUGAGUCUAAAAUUACAGCACAAUCAGUAACAGCGACAUGUAAGAUGGAGAGCAGGGAUUGGAAUGGCAGGGACAUUGUAGUCAUUGAUACGCCUGGUCUUUUUGACACAAAAAUUCCUUUAAAAGAAACUAUGGAAGAAAUAGGGCGUUGUGUGGUAGUCUCCACCCCAGGACCCCAUGCUAUAGUUCUGGUGAUGCAGUUGGGUCGUUUCACUCCAGAAGAGAAAAAAACAAUUGAACGGAUACAAGACAUUUUUGGGGAAAAAGCUGUUGAAUACAUGGUCUUCUUGUUCACCAGAAAAGAUGACUUACGUGAUAUGACUUUAGAUGAUUAUUUAAAAGCUUUGGAUGACAAAGAUCUUCAGAAGUUGAUGAAAAAGUGCGGGAAUCGAUGCUGUGCUUUCAACAACAAAGCAGAAGGACAGGAGCAGGAAGCCCAAAUUUCAGAGCUGAUUGAAAUGACUGAUAAGAUGGUUUACCAGAAUGGAGGCUCACAUUAUACUAAUGACAUGUAUGAAUAUGCUCAGAAGAAACUUCAAGAAAAAAUCGAGACGCUCAGAGAACUCUAUGAGGAAGAGAGAGAAAAAAAGCAAAGCAAAGUGGAAUCACAGUAUGAGGAGGAAUGUAAGGAAAUAGAUGAGGAACUUCGGAAAGAAGGCUCAUCUAAUGAAAACACUUUGAAACAAAAGAAAGAGGCCAAGAGACAAAAAAUGCAAAAAGCUUUAGAGGAAAUAAAUAUCCACUACGAGACACAGUUACAUGAACUCAGGAAAAGAGCUGCCGAGGAUUUUAAUAUAAUAAAAGCUAUUUUAAAACAAUUCUCUUCUGUAUUUUCAAAAAUCAAAGGCUGGUCUCAAAAAUGAUCAACUUACUAUAAUUUCUCCUUCUCUUGCCACUUUGCCACUUUUCAAUAGCGAUGAAUGGAGUUUCAGUGCUUUGUAACACUUUAACCUCCUAUUUUUUUCUUCACAGAAGUUUACAUUUGUAUCAGCUUCUUAGUCAGCUAUGUACUGUCAUACCCUACAGUAAUGCAUACAAAAUGUGAGUAAAUGAAGCUAUUAGCAUUUUCUCUUUAUUAACAAUGUGUGUUGGUUCCAUUAAAGACUCCGGCUACAGCUAUUAGAUCUCUUCCGGACUAAGUGUUGGAAUAAGCUUGGGUUGAUGUAUUAUAUUAAUUGUGACUAAUAUUGUUGUCAAUAUGCUGGUAAAUGUCGACCUUAUUUCUGUUCAGGAAUCAUUUAUGGAAAUCAGAAUCUGUUCAUUAAAAUAACCAUUCAUAAGUAUUCACUGAUCAGUUUGGAUGAACAGUUCUCAGCUCAUUGGUUGUUCUCCAGCAGUUCGUUCUGACUAGUCAGUAUCCGUAACUUGUGACUGGCCACCCAAGUCACAUGAUAUUGUUUCCGCUUCUGGAUGGAAAUUUUGUAAACAAGAAGAUAACAAAUGAGCCAUGAUUUUCCAAUAAUCUGGAAAUUCAUUUAACCUUCAAGAUUUGCAAAUAUUUUUUCACAUUCAAUUCAGUACGUCCAUUCACUAAACUAUUUGUGACUAAAUGUUUUAAAAAUAUUCAACCAGUUCUAACUGCCAUGUAUCUCCCACAGUCCUGCCACAUUUACCCCUGGAUAUAGCCUACCUGUAAUCACGUAAUGUACUUUCUCCUAUAUUUUCCUGUUUAGCUUUUGAUUUGCUGUGAAAUGUCAUGUGAUAAUGUCCGUGACUUAUGAAUGAUGCUAUGAAAAUAAAUUCUAUUAUUUGUAUUUAA